UUCGGGGACAAGGUCGUGGUGACACAGCCGAGUCACAGGUACACACAGACUCAACCUCGGGGACACAAGUGCGGAGACAGGUGCAUAAUCUGAGACACCACUACACAGGCCAGGGGGGGAGCACACUGAAGUGGGUCAGCCACGCCCCUGCCACGCCCCCGCGCACGCGGGCGGGGGACUGCGGACUGGAAACAUCCAGACCAAUCAGAGCACCCAGCGCCAGCGCACGGGAAGGGGCGUGAUGUCGAUAGGCCCGGCCCCCCAGCUCAUGAAUAUGAGGCCACCAUGGCAUCGGAUGAAGGCAAGCUUUUCGUUGGAGGGCUGAGUUUCGAUACCAACGAGCAGUCGCUGGAGCAGGUCUUCUCUAAAUAUGGCCAGAUCUCUGAAGUGGUGGUGGUGAAGGACAGGGAAACGCAGCGAUCUCGGGGGUUUGGGUUCGUCACCUUCGAAAACAUUGACGAUGCCAAGGACGCCAUGAUGGCUAUGAAUGGGAAGUCAGUGGAUGGGCGACAGAUCCGUGUCGACCAGGCGGGCAAGUCUUCUGACAGCCGAUCCCGUGGGUACCGAGGUGGCUCUGCCGGAGGCCGGGGUUUCUUCCGAGGGGGCCGUGGCCGGGGCCGUGGGUUCUCCAGAGGGGGAGGGGACCGUGGCUAUGGGGGUGGCCGCUUUGAGUCCCGCAGUGGAGGCUAUGGCGGCUCCAGAGACUAUUACAGCAGCCGGAGUCAGGGUGGCAGCUACGGUGACCGGAGCUCGGGAGGGUCCUACAGAGACAGCUACGACAGCUACGCUACACACAACGAGUAACAAUCCUUCCUGCUCAAGACCGUCCUUCCAUGGCUGUAUAUUUAAAGAUUUUGGGAGCUGCGCUGAAUCGUUGAUGUGUAGUGAACACACCUCCUUGUAUUCCCACUUUUGUAGUCAUUUCUGUUCUGAUCUUGUUAACCCUGCCUGACUGCCUCUGACCCCCGAGAUGGCCUCGUUAAUAGACUUUGCUUUUUAAGGAGGCGCUGUCUGUUUCCAAGGGUUUUGAAACCGUUUUGAAAAGUACUUCAGAGUUUACUCAUUUUUUUUUUUUAAACGAUGAACCAUAGCUUUUUAAAAAACAAUUAUUGGGGGUUGUGUGAUUUUUUUUUUUUUUUUUUUCCUUCUGUGGUGCUGGGGAUCCAACCCAGGGCCUUGCACACGUUAGGCCGCCGCUCUGCCCCUGAGCUGUACCCCAGCCCUGUUGUGUGGAUUUUUGGUUUUGGUUGUGUUUUCAUUGUUUCUUUUUGGGGGAUCACCCAUGAAGUUGGGUGUCUUGAUUCAUUUCGCUAAGAUUGAAUGGACUCUGAAUUCGCUCUGCCAGAAGCUAAGCAAGCUGUGGCUUUUUCGGACUCAGUGUGCCGUUUGAGGGUAGCCUGGUAGGACACUGGCCGGGGCGCGGAGAGGCGGCCCCGAGCCAGUGCCCGCCGUGCAGUGCACGCCUGUGGGAGCCGUGCAGAUGCCCCGAGGUUUUCGAAUUUAUUUAUAUUGUCCUUUUUUACUGGAAGACGUAUGCAUCCUCCAUCGAUGUUGUAUUUGCAGUGGCUAAGGAACUCUUGUACUCAGUUUUCUUUGGCUUUACGAAGCCGAUUAAAAGACGUGUGAAACGAA